UCAUAAAAUGGGGUAAAACUCACUUAACAAAUUUUUCACUUAGCAACAUAAAUUUUGGGCUCAAUUGUGAUUGUAAGUUGAGGACAAUCUGCAAUAAUAAUUUGCUAUGGAGAAGGAAAAUGUUAGUUGACCUCGACUUGCAUUUUAAAAAAGCCUUUUCCAAAGAGCUUUCUUUGAGCCUGGCUGCUUUAACCUAAGCCCAAUUUUAUCAUUGGGAUUUCCAGUGGAAAUAUUUAAUUAAAUCUUAAUUCAAGUAUAUUAAAUUUCAGUUUUGAAUAAUCUCCAAAUAUUAUAGUUUUUGCUUUGUUUCUGCUCUGAAUGAUUGGAAAAAUCAUCUGGAAUAAUAGAAGAGAUAAUUUCCAGAUAAUUAGAGACUGUAUGAGUAAAACCUUUUUUAAAAUGGGAGUAUUUUAAGUGGAACUCUAUUUGAAAAUCUUCCUAACAAUUGAAUAAAAAUGAUAGCAUACAAUUCCUGUAUUCUUGGGGGGAAAAGGUCUUUUUUCUUUCAUGGAAAAUUUACAAUUUGGUAACCACCUUUUAAAAGGUGUGCCAGUGGGGAAGAUGACAUACUGCAAUUCUGUCAUUGUUAUCAAUAAUAUAUCGCUGUGUUCGUGGAUGCCGGAUCAGACAUCUGGGGGGGGGGGCAAUUUUGCCACUGAAAAAGUGUCAGAAUGAGCCCACAGCUUCUCCGGACAGGCAACUGCAGCAUCUAGAAAGAGGACGACUAUGAGCCAGGCCUGCUCUCCUCCUAGCUCUCCCCCUUCCUGCCAGCCUCUCCCCCUUUCUCGCCCCUCGGUGUAACCUGACCCGAACUGCAAGCGCGCCAGCAAGGGCACCAGUUGUUGGCGGGCGGAGCCCCGCCGUUCAGGCCCCGAAAGCGGCCUCUUGUUACCCUGGGCCGCCGGUGGCUCGCCCUCCGACCCCCGGAGAAGUCGGCAUGGCCCCCGGCUGGUGUUCAAGAACCUUCUUGCUGCUCCUUCUGGUGCUCGCCAAGUGUCGUGAGACGCUCGCAGGUAGGGCUCGACUUCCGCCUGCGGGCGGGCGGGCAGCAUCAUUUUAUGGCGAAAGCUACAUACAAUUAAAUGUUGCUGAAGCAGUGUAUGAAAUAUCACUGAGAUUACGUUUUCAGACAAAUAGACCUGAUGGAUUGCUUUUUCUUGCUUCUGGAAAGGAAGAUUAUUUUUUGGUGGAAUUAAAUUCUGGAAAUAUACAGGUGAGGAUCAACUUUCACACAAAUGAACAGAUCCUUCAUUCCCAAUUACACUCACAAGUUGAUGAUUUAGAUUGGCAUCUUCUUGAAAUUCAUCAUGAAAGAGAAAAUAUUACUCUAGUGAUCGAUAAAAAUUAUCAGACUAGUGCAAUAGUGCCAGAUUUCUUAGUAUUUGAACUAAACAUUGAAUAUGGUCUCUAUAUAGGUGGGAGAGGUAACCUUAAUGUCUACUAUCUUAACAAUACACCAGUUAAUUUCCGAGGAUGUAUUAACGAUGUGAUAUUUAACAACCAUGAUAUCUUAACGUCCCUGAGAUCGUCUGCAAGAAAUAAAAAUAUUCAUGAAGUAUCACUGAGCUGCAGCAAUGAAUUUUUUGCAGGGGAAGAAGAACCCAUAAAUUUUUUUAAUUCCAAAUCCUAUGUUUCAUUUCCUCUUUGGAAUGUCCAAGCAGGAGGCAUCUUGGAAUAUUCAGUGCAAACUACAGCUCAGAGGGGAUUGCUGCUCUACAGUUCUGGUCCCUUGGGAGACUUUGUUGCAAUGGAAAUUGAAAAUGGUCUCAUUAAAGCUCACAUUAGAAUGGGUAAAAAUAGACUUGAACUUUCUUCUCUUAGUCCCGUCAAUGACAACCAGUGGCAUGUUGUCAGACUAAAAUUUUCCAUAAAAUAUGUCGAACUCACUCUAGAAAAGAAAACUGUGCAAACUCCAUUGCCUUCUCAUAGUAGGCUUCCUGUUCUUAAAGGGGCCUUAUAUGUCGGUGGAAUAAAUGAUGCACUCCGUGCAGAAGUGCUAAAACAAGGGUUAGCUUCAGUUUCUGGGAGAUAUGGAGAAGGCGGAUCUUUUAGAGGCUGCUUGAAAGAUUUGAUAAUCGAUUCCCAAAAAAAAUCCUUGAAAAAUGUUCUAGUGACUAAGGAUAUUUCAGUAGGAUGCACAACACCUACCGAAAAGCAGGCUGUUGUUGGUACUGUGACUCCUAAACUACUGAAGAAAGAAAGUCAUGACCAUUUUUUGUUUGUCAACAACUUAAUUGUGCCAGAAGGUGGGCAAGCAUUUCUUGGAUCUAAGCACAUUAAAGUCAGCGUGGACUUCAAAGCACUGGGGAUUCGUCAGUCGCAAAUUAUUUUUAGAAUUAAACAUCCCCCUUCUUAUGGCCAGUUGAGGUUGAAUGUUGUGUCAAAGCAAGAAGACUUCACAUUUACUAUGCUAGAUUUGUGGCAAGGCAAAGUUUUAUAUGUUCAUGAUGGUUCUGAAGAAAACUAUGAUUAUUUCACUUUCUCUGUUUCUACAAGCAGUAAAAGGAAGAUGCCUCCAUAUUUCCAAGGAAAUGAUGAACAUAUGUUUACUAUUACAGUGAGACCAAUAAAUGAUGCUCCAGAACUUAUAUUUCCAAAUGGAAACUUAUUUCCUCUCUUAGAAUACUCCAAGAAAUGCCUGAGUAUAGAUUCCAUAAAUAUUGUGGACAACGACACAAGUGCUGCAGAUCUUAGUAUUACAGUCCUUGGAAAUUCAAAUGCAGAUGCAGGUUUUCUAGAAAAUUCCAAAACUCCUGGAAAAACAAUUACUACCUUUUCCUAUGAGGAUUUACAGCACGGUAAUGUUUUCUUUGUCCACACUGGAAUUCAGAAUUCCAGGAUUGUUCUGCGAGCAAGCGAUGGGGAGAAAGUUAGCAACACAGUCGUGUUGCGUGUCAUGGCUGUACCCCUGGAUUAUAAAUUAGUCAACAACACAGGAGUUGAUGUGAUACAAGGCACCACAGUGUUGAUAACACUCAGCCAUUUGGCCACAGAAAUAAUUGCUUUUCAACAAGAGUUGGAAAUAAAAUAUGAAAUCACAGAAGAACCUUUUUUUGGAGAAAUUCAGAGAAGGCAUACUGGUGGAGAAUGGAAAAAAACAAAUUCUUUUUCUCAACGAUCCAUUGAACGUGGUCGUGUGAGAUAUCUUUCUACCUUCAAAGCAAUUCAGCAAGAUAAUGUCCAUGAACAUUUUAAAUUUAAAAUUAUCAUUGGUAGCAAUAUAAGCCAAGAGUUUCUGUUUGCUGUUAGAGUAAAAUGGCUGACUUAUAAUUUACUGAAAUAUGCGCCAUUAGUUAUUGAUAAAUCAGAGAGAGAGCAUCUUAAUUCUAGUAAUCUUCUUGUGAUGAUACCACAGAUGGAUCUGUCAGAAAAUGAAUUUCUUUACAAGCUGCAAUCCUUACCUGAGAAAGGAAGAAUUCUGCUUGAUAAUGUCCCAUUGCAAAUAAAUUCCAGCUUCAGCCAACAGAAUAUUUCUGAUUGUAAAGUAGAGUAUCAAUUAUACAGGAAGUCCCAUGAAGAAAGUCUGGAUUCAUUUCGAUUCUUCAUUAGUACUCAGUAUGUGGUAUCAAAUAUCUAUGAUUUCAAAAUUAAAAUCAAAACAAACCCACAAAACAUCAUUUUGAUAAACAAUGGUCUUACUGUUACUGAAGGUGAAGGAUCACUGAUAACAAAAUCAGAAUUAUUUGUGCAGACCUUCAGUAAUAUGACUUUUGAGUAUAAGGUUACAAAAAGUCCUCAACAUGGGAAAUUAAUGCUUAUUAAUUUUUCUGAUUCCCCAGAAAGUAACAACAAUCUUAGUAGUUUCACUAAUCAGGAUAUAUAUGGAGAACGUCUUAUGUAUAUACAUGAUAACUCAGAGACACAGUAUGAUGAAAUUCAUAUCGCUGCAACUGCCAUAAAAUUUGGAGAAGAGGCUUUAGAAAAAGAGUUCCCAUUAUCAGUAGGGAUCAAAUUUAAUAUUUCUAUCCAUCUGAAAAAUGAUGAAAAACCAGUACGAGUGGUAGAUAAGAUAUUUCAUGUUGUUAAGAAUGGAAGGAAACUGUUGACUUUGGAUGAUCUUUGCUAUCAUGAUCCUGAUACAGAUUUUGAUGAUAAUCAGUUGUUAUACACCAGGCGUGGCAUUCCUAAUGGAGACUUGGUUCUUGUCAAUGAAACAUCACAUAGACUGUAUCAGUUCAAGCAAGAGGACCUUAUGCAAAAGCAAGUCCUCUUUGUUCAUCAAGGUGCCAGUUAUGGUCGUUUUGUGCUAUUUGUAACUGAUGGAAAACAUUAUACGUCAUCACUGUUAGAAGUAAGUGCUUCUGAACCAUAUGUCCUCCUAGCAAACAAUACAGGAUUAUUGAUCCAAAAAGGAAAAGAAGCAGUGAUUACCACCACUAACUUGAGUGCUACCACAAAUCAGGAUAUUAGAAGUGAUCAUGAAAUUAGAUUUGAGAUAUUUUUCUCCCCGAAGUAUGGACAAAUCUUUGUUAAUAAUUUAGCGCUGGCCACUUUUACUCAGCAUGAUCUCAAAAUGGAACAUGUGACUUAUAAACAUGAUGAUAGCAAUAAUUUGAUUGACACAUUGAAUUUCACUGUUUAUGCUAAAGGCCUCCGUUUGGAUGUUGAAAUGAACAUUCAGAUAUAUUUGGAAAAUCAUCAGCAUCCACCAGUGGUCCUGCAUAACCACAGCCUUUUGGUUGAAGAAGGGAAUCCUGUUCAAAUCAGUAAUGGAAAAUUGCUGGCUGUGCAUGAAAACAGCUUGCCAUCAGAGAUAGAAUUCAAAGUAAGAUCAUCUCCAGUCUAUGGCUAUCUUUGGAAGUUUACAUCAAAAGAAAACUACCUUGGAGCAGAAGAAAAUCCAGUUUUGUCAUUUACUCAACAAGACAUCAAUGAUGGCAUUAUCCAAUACAUACAGACCAUCUCCAACCAACUCCAAGACCACUUUUCCUUGGAUGUAACCAAUGGCAUCCAGACAGUCAGUGGAAUAGGAAUGACUGUGGCCAUCAUUCCAAAGCUGAUCCCACUAGAAGUACACAACUUCACAGUUGCUGAAGGCGGUUCAAAAGUCCUUAAAGAAGAUAUUCUAAAAAUUUCCAAUAGCCACUUUGAAGAAGUUAAUUGUGACUUUGAUCUAGUUGAGCCACCAAAACAUGGGCAAAUUGCAAACUCUCAUUUUUUUGGAAUGGUAUUGACUAAAUUUACCAGAAAACAGGUAGAACACGGGUUGAUCUUCUAUGUUCAUGAUGACAGUGAACAGAUGCUUGAUAAUUUUACCAUUGUUGCAAACUGCACACAACUAUGGAAGCAAAGCUUGCCUCAGAUCAUAUUUGUGACUAUUACACCAGUAAAUGAUGAAGCACCCAUCAUAAAGAGAAAUAUAGCACUCCGGGUGUGGGUAGGCUCAGUCACUGAAAUAACAACGAAUGAACUCUUGGCAGAAGAUAAAGAUUCUUCUCCAGCAGAAUUAUUGUAUUCUGUUUCUCCUCCCAAUAAUGGCCACUUGGCACUCAAAUCUUCUCCAAGCAAGAGUAUCCUUAAUUUUACCCAAGCUCAUAUUGAAGAAGGACAAGUGGUAUUGGUCCAUAGAGGAUCAAUGUCUGGAGGUUUCAGUUUUCAAGUUACAGAUGGCAUAAACUUUGCACCUCGUCAAAUAUUUAGCAUCACAGCUCGAAAUUUGGUUAUUCGUCUUGAAAAUAAUAACGGAUUAGAAGUUUUUCCAGGUUCCAGGAAACCAAUUACAUCCCACAAUCUGAAGGCUGUCACCAAUGAAGUGGUUGAGGUGGAAAACAGAACAAUUACUUUUACAGUUGCAAAUUCCCCCAAACUUGGAAGACUCAUUCGUAUAUUUUCUGAAAAUAACAUACAGGAUAUUUCAAGUUUUACACAAUCUAUGGUGGAUGAAGGAUUGAUCAUCUAUGAGCAUUCAGACAAACAAUCAACUGAUUGGAACAUACAAGAUUAUUUUACAUUUACGGUCUCUUUUCCACCAGCCACUCUGGGACCUCAGGUGUUCCAUAUUAAUAUAUCCUAUGAAAUUAGAGCACAUGAUCAGAGCAGUCAGCUAUUUGCCAACACAGGUGCUGUUGUCCAGGAAGGUGGCAAAGUUUUAAUUGACAAAACUAAGCUAGAUGGCUCAAACCUACUCUCUAAAUUACCCCAGACACAACGUUCUGCAUUUGAAGUGUGGUAUGAAGUUGUAGCAUUGCCCCAGCAUGGCAGAAUUGUUGUGGGAGAACGAAAUAUUACUAGAGACAAGCCCCAUUUCUCCCAGUAUAUCAUUAACAAAUUUGGAAUCACCUAUGUGCACGAUGAUUCUGAAUCACUCACUGAUCAUUUUAUCUUCGCUGUUUGGCUAAAUGAGAAAAGCAAGUCUGCUGUGAAACCCAAUAUUGAUGUUUUAGAAGAGGCAUUUAAUAUUACUGUUGUACCAGUGAAUGACCAAGUUCCGAAACUAAAGUCAAAACUGCUGUGUUUGAAUGUUUUACAAGGAGAUAGAACAGUUCUAGGACAAGAUAGCCUAAACGUUGAAGAUUUGGAUAACUCACCAGAAGAGAUUAAAUAUACCAUUAUAACUGAUCCCCAAAAUGGACAUUUAGCACUGUGGUCUCGUUUGAAUGAAUCAAUCAAAGAUUUCACGCAAGCUGAUAUUAAUGAUGGUAGUGUUUGGUUUGUACAAGAUGGGAGCCCUCUCUCAGGGGCUUUCUAUUUCAGUGUGACUGACGGGCAGCACCGUCCACAGUAUAAACUCUUUCGGCUUGAUGUGAUACCGCUGUCCAUCACAUUGAUUAACUUAACAGAAGUGGUUCUUCUGCAGGGACAGGACAGAGUUGUUAUUACAAAUGUCCACCUUUCGGCAACAACAAAUGGGAAGAACCCUGAAAUCAUGUUUGAAGUAACAAAGCCUUUUAGAUAUGGGAAUCUUCUGAUUGAGAAUGAACAGGUGAUUAGAUUUCACCAAAGAGAUUUAUAUGCAGCAAGACUGUUGUACUGUAUGACAGACUUCACUGCCUUCGGUGAUAUGUUAGAAUUUGCAGUGUUCACACCAGACAGUAAUCUAACAGGACAGGUUCUGAAGAUCUUAGUACAACCUCUUUUGCAAAUGGCCCUAAAUGUGACCAUUCUCAACGGGAUGUCUUAUCAGCUCAAUGCAAGUUAUUUGGAUGCUACACAGUUAGCCAACUUGACAAAAAGCAAUCCCCAGUUUGAAGUCAUAAUGUCACCAGUUUAUGGGAGUCUUUCAAGGAGGUCACUGAGUAACACUGAAAGCAAGAGCCUGGUUCUCUUCACAAAAAGAGACAUUGACAUGGGUGUCAUUUUCCUUGAAACCAGUGCUAAUAUGACAAAUGCUGAUGUAUUAAAUGAUUCCUUUUCCUUUAUACUUAGAGCAGACAAUAUUCAGCCUGCUAUUGGUGAGUUCCACUUUGUCAUAAUGCGACAUGAUCCUUCACUGGUUCAGGUUUUUACUCCAAAAAUGCCUUUCUUAACUACUGCUGACAUUUUAGAAAGUUACAUUACAGAAAAUGAAUAUCUGUUUAUCCCAAAUCGUGGCGCACACACAGAUGUACCAGCACAGACUUUCAGGCCUGACCAAAACCAUUGGGAGCAUCAGAAAGAUAGACAGUUUGAUGAAGAUAAUACUAGAGGCAUAUCUGUUUGGGCUGUGACCACAAUAAAAACACAGUCUGAGAGCUCCUGGCUUCAGACACCAAGCACCAGGAACUGGUUGAUCAUCAUCAUACCCCUUUCUUCUAUGACUGCUUUAUUCAUUAUAAUUGCCAUUGUUCUUUGUAUUUUCCUAAUGUGCCACAGAUCAAAGAAGGCAAAACCUCUUAUUUUAGAACAGCCACCAGUAAUUCUCAACAGUUCAAGCUUUUCUCCAGAGAGAAGCUUAACAAUACCUACUGUCACAGUAACACCUCUCUUAAAAAGCACAGACAAAACAUCUGUUUUACCAUUCAUGUCCCUCCAGCGUGAACAGCGUCAUCCAGUGCCAGCUACUCCAGCUCCAGCUGUCAGUCUUUUGCAAAACACCUGGUCCAGCCUUGAUCCAGAAAUUAUUCAGUACUGUCGAAAAACCCACCCAACAUUAAAAUGCAAUCAGUACUGGGUAUAAUACUGUAUACCAUUGAAACCAGUAAAGAAUGUUCAGUCUUGUA